AUGUCAAGUAUGUUUAUUGAAUGUACUUCACGAGAUAACAAUCCCAGAAAUGAGCCAACAAAUGCAAAUACCGGAAGAGCAAUGGAAGGUAUAUCGAAGAACAUUGCAAACAUGACAAAUGAUGUGCCAACAGGUGGAACCACUACAUUUCAGAUUACGUCAUGUAAACGAUUGGAUGGAGGACUUAAAAGAGCAAGUACGGAGGCGUUGGUGGCUGAUAUAUCUGAUGUUGAAGCAAGCACGAGUACAGCUCUGAGCUGCAGGAAUAUAUCUUCAAACAGUCUCCUUGAUCGGCGGCAGCCAUUAAUUACGGGUAACAACGUCUCUAGGUCAUCGUGCAAACGCAAACCAGCCAUACCGAAGAAGCGGCCGAGUACUAUGCAAGAGCCCAUAAUCAUAAGUGCUGAAACGGGUGAAGCAGUUGAUGAUGAUACAGUCCCCAUGGAAGAUUCAGUUUGUUCAUCAGGAAAUGCUGUUAUCAACAGAGAUUGCAGAUUUGGUCCAGUGAAUAACAACACGAAAGGCAAAGCAGAAGGAUUAGUUGAUUUCUGUAAGGGUGACACUGAUUUACAGCGAUUAUUAUCAACGACAGAGAGAUGUGCGCCUCCGAACUUAUAUGGUGGUGCAACAAAUGCAACAAAUAU